CAUUAUUGAAUUGUGGUCCGAUUAGAGUUGUGUCGUCGGUGGCUAAGAAAGACGAACGUCUCUAGGGCUAUCUUUAGCGUGGUUUGAGCCACGUCCUCGGCUCCCUUCAGAGGCUCAGGGCGCUAGUAGUCAAGCGGCUAGCCCUAAGGAAAAUUUUAUUAUCCCCUAACUGAACCGGACAGAGCUGACUCCAAGCUUUAUUACCCACCAUCCAUCCAUUCGCCCACCCACCUAUCGACACAAUGCGUUCACACCCCUACACGCCGCCGCCCCCACUCCCCCCGCUACUCAACGACCUCUCCACGUAUCUUCCUAAUCGCGACCGUAGAGAUGAUGUGAGUGGUACUGAAGUAGGCAUGUCCGAUCUGGACCCAGAGACGAGCCGCCUACUUCCGGAGAAGCGGAGGCAGCAUCGCGUGCGAAUACAGGGUCGGCUGGCUCCUGUACGCAGCGUGUCGAUUGCAAACCUAAGAUCGCCCUCACCCCGGGAUACGGUUAAUAGAGGGUUCGAUAAGGCCGUCGGUGGCACAUUGCCAAGGAGACGGCGGAGUGAGGAUGAUGGUAUAGGAGGUCGGGGAGAUGAGGUUAGCGAGGAGGAGACUGAGGUCGAAGAAAGGGAUACGCAACUUCGGGGGUAUGGGAUUGGAGGAAGGGGAAAUAUACGUCGGCCUACGGAGGUCAUAGGAACUUCAUCAAAAACAUCACGAUCUAUAUCCUCUCUCUUCUCAAGUUCCGGUCCUGGAUCUAGCUCGGGAUCGCCGCGUGGAAUCUCGGGGUCAGGUCUAGAUAAGAGGUGGACGUUCUCGGGGUUGUUGAAUCGCUUUGAGGAACGAAGAGGGAGGGAGAGGAAUGUUUAGAAGGUUCAUACUUGUUCACACCAGUACGGCGUUGGCGGCUUUACGUGUUUGGAUUUGUGGCUUACCUAGGUACUCAGGACCUAGGUAGGUACAUAAUGAGAAUAGGAUGAGUUGGGGUUUAGAUCAUGUUAAGAUCGCAUACGCAAGUUUGUCUACGAUAACUGAAGAUCUUAAUAGGUGCUCAAAAUAUCUCGAAAAUAUCUCAACCGAUUCGAAAGUGUCGUUUUUAUGCUAUUAAGGGUGGCCUCGAGUUACAACAAUCACCAUUCGUAGGAAUUCCGAACGAAGAUCCACGCAGAGUUUGAAGCUGAAGGUCGGAGCUGAAGUCCUCGGUAUGGAAGGUUGCGGCUGACAGGCUUCGAUUAUGCCGUUAUUCA